UGGCAGUUACUGACCAAAUACCGCUUUUAUAGCGGCAGUGCAAGUAGUACAUAGUUAGUAGAUGUUCUACACCGGAAGUGAUUGCGAAAUCAUAAAGCAGCGUGUUUGCUCGGUCACCCGUCACACAUCAGCUCAAAAACCGAAUGCGUGCUCGCGAUAUCCGUCCGCGACCCACACGAAUUCCAGUUUUGUUGUACGAUACCAGACUUUCUAUAAAAAUAAAACAGGGAACGCGUGAUGUGUAGGUGCUGCUGCAAUUUCUAGAGAAUUUGGUUAAACUAUAAGGCUGGGAAUGAUGUGGAAUUGUCCCUUUGUCAGUCUUCGUGCUUCUGAAAUUUCUCAUCAUCCAUGAUUUUCCCCCGUUUCGGGUAAUUUUAUAUAGGUAACUUCCGUGUGUUUACAUUUGUACACCCCGUCGUAAACAGUUGCGACCGAUUGGCUGGAAAAAUGCAUGUCAACACAUCUAACGAUGUGAAAAUCUAUAAUUUAUCGGCCGGGAAAUUUCUCCCCGAUUGGAUAUCAUCCAAGAAACGUCGACAAGCCGAAAAGAAUGACGUACAACUUCGACGUCGAAUUCAGAUCUUUCAGGAUUUCGAUAUGCCCGAGAUUUCCAGCAGUAUUAAAGUAUCUCCGGACGGGCAGUAUGUACUGGCCGCCGGAGCUUAUAAACCAAGGGUUCGCUGUUUCGAUACGGCCGAAAUGUCCAUGAAAUUUGAGCGCUGCAUGGACGCAGAGAUCGUCAAGUUCCUUAUCCUUUCCGAGGACUACUCGAAGAUGGUUUUUCUGCACAGCGACCGGUAUCUAGAGAUGCAUGCGCAGUACGGAAAAUAUUAUCGAGUUCGGAUACCGAAGUUUGGUCGCGAUAUGGCUUAUCAGCCGGAGAACUGUCAUCUCUGCGUGGUAGGAGCCAGUCGAGAUGUAUACCGACUCAAUCUGGAAGAAGGAAAAUUUGUGGAAAGCAUGGCAUCAACUCUCGAUGCGGAAUACAAUACCUGCGACGUUAACCCCGUCCACCAGCUAUUCGUAACCGGUCUCACGAAUGGUUACAUUGAAACUUUUGAUCCUCGGUCAGGAAAGUCCGAAGGCAUGCUGAAUUGUGCUCUUCCCGAUAUUGUCACCGAUAUCGGAGAUACUCCCUUCGCCGUAUCCAAAGUAAAAUUUCGCGAUUCCCUCAACUUGGCGGUUGGCACUAGUUCCGGUCACAUUCUGCUGUAUGACAUACGCUGCCAACGGCCGUAUUUUGUCAAAGACCAUAAUUAUAGUCUUCCAAUAAAAUCCAUUGAAUUCAUCGCCGAGCAGGAUUGUAUCGCGAGUAUGGAUUCGAAAAUUUUGAAAAUAUGGGAGAGAUCGACUGGAAAAGCGGUUACAUCAGUGGAACCGGGGACCGAUUUGAACGAUUUGUGCAUUGUGCCAAAUACGGGAAUGUUCUUUUUAGCCAACGAGGCUCCUAAGAUUUUGACCUAUUUUAUACCGUCUGUUGGACCGGCGCCCCGCUGGUGCACCUUUCUGGAUAGUUUAACCCAGGAACUGGAGGAAACGGCGGAAUCAGCUAUCUAUGAUGAUUACAAGUUUUUGACCACUGAUGAACUGGAGAGUCUCGGGUUGUCGGAUUUGAUUGGGACGAAUUUAUUACGGGCGUACAUGCAUGGUUUUUUUGUCGACGUGAGAUUGUAUAAGAAGGCUAAAUCCAUUGUUGAACCGUUCAAUUAUGAAGAAUACCGAAAGGAGAAGAUUCAUCAGAAGAUCAGUUCAGAACAGAACGAAAGUCGCGUGGUUAAGAAGGAUAAAUUGCCGAAAGUCAAUGCCAUGUUAGUGGAAAGAUUGCGAGCGGAAGCCGCUGGGAUUGAAGGAAAGAAAAAGAAAUCCAAAGGCGAUGCAAAUGUUCUGGAGGAUGAGCGAUUUGGAGCUCUAUUCAAAAAUCCAGAUUUUCAGAUUGAUCCUGAAAGCGAUGAGUACAAGCUGCUUAAUCCGCUUGUCUCUAAAAUGGAGAAAAGAAGACAGAGAGCCGCCGCAGAAGAGGAUGCGGCGGAGGAGGAUGCUGCAGAGACAGUUGAAGAAAUUCAAGAAGGAACGUCCCGUGCGCGGUCUCCCUCUAGCGAAUCCUCGGAUGAUGAUCGUUCAUGGAUUGCGGAAAGAAAAAAGCAACACCGCACACUACGUGAUCAGAAACGCCGAGAGCGAAAUAAAAAUUUCGAGGUCUUGGCGGGUAAACCGACGCAAGUACGGGAAGUUAUUCCGAGGGGAAAGGAUGAGAUCUCGGGUCAAACGGUGACGUUGGGAAGACGGCUGCGGGAAAAUGCGGAAUUAAACCGCGGAGUGGAGGAAAUGCGGCUCGGUGGUGGAAACCGGCAGAUGACUUUCACAGUGGAUGCCAAAAAGAAGUUCAAGCAAAACGCUGCCGAACAUCUUGCAGAAAGGCGAACUAUUCAUCGAUCUGUUAGACCGAUUGAAUCCAAGUUGAAAAAACCUUGGAUGCGGAAAGGCAAGCGCUGAUAGCGAUUCUAGAAUUUUUAUGGCUUCGGAAUAGAAAUUCUUGAUAUUUGUGCGUUAUUUUUACGUUGCUGUCUAACUCUAAACUGCUCUGUAUUUCUGGGAAGGCGAUAGAGGCGAAAUAUUUUCAUGUAUUAAGACGGCGCUUCAGUUUGGGGAGACACGAUAAACCUUUCGGCGUGGCAACAUGAGGUCGAUAUGAAUUUAGAAA